AUGAUGAAUACGGUGGUGCAAAGUGGGCUAGUGCUUUCUGUGGCAUUGUGUGGUGCAUUGUGCGAGCAACUAUACCCCACUGAGAGGUAUGCCAAGUUGCCACGAAUAUACGAGUACGAUGAUUUUUAUACGUGUCGCCGGCGAUAUACCAAUUUUGUUUAUUGUGUCAGCGUCAGUACACUUCAGGACGAUACGACGAACGAAGUGUGGAGAAACAUCUCGCAAUUACAAUCCAAUCGAAGAAAUUUUCCCCAUGAUCGGCUUGAAAGAGGACUGUGUUUAAGCGAUCAUUACGUUGGCGUAACGCUUGAUCAUAAAACCCCAACUCUGAUUGCUACUUAUCUACACCAUCAAAUCUACGAUCGAUAUGGCCUCCAAAGUCAUACCACAACUGAAGCAUGUUGGACGAGAUCAAGUUUUGAACAACAACGUUCAUUUGGUGAAUAUGUCUUUGCUUGUCUGUCAAUCAUUUUGUUGCUUACAACCUUGUGGGCAAGCUGGAUCGAUUUCAACGUUGGCUCGAAACAUUUCUUCGUGGGUGCGUUUUCAAUCAGAAGAAAUAUGCAACAAUUGUGGAAAGCCCCCAAACCGAAUGCGCUACCCUUUCUCGAUGGGCUGCGAGCACUAGGGACGCUCACGAUAUUGGUAGUACACUCGCAACUGCCAAUGAUCCGGAUGCCUGUAUGGAACACCGAAGAUUUGGAAGCGCAAGCCAAUCAUGUAAUUUUCCCAUUAGUGAAUUCCGGCAAUACUCAUAUGAUACAGUUUUUUUUCACGCUGGGUGGGAUGGUGUUUGGAAUCAGCUGCCUGAGACACUUCGAACGUUUUCCUUCAUUCAGAUUUACCUACUUUAUUGACAAGCUGUUACGGCGUUUAGUGAGAUUGCUGCCAGCAUAUGUAUUGAUCAUCAUAUACCAAGCAACAUGGUAUAAACGUAUCAAGCGAGGACCGCUAGAGUAUAAGUUUAACGAUUACUGUCUGGAGAAUUGGUGGUCCAACUUGCUCUUUUUGAACAACUACAUUCAUACCACAAAACCGUGUCUCCAGUUUAGUUGGUAUUUAGGGGCAGAUUUACAACUUUUCUUGAUUGGUUCGGUAUUGCUGCUGCUCGUGUGGAAGUGGCCAUUUAUUAAAGGAUGGCUGAUGCAUGUAAUGAUUGCUGUUGCAUUUUUCGUGCCAGGAUAUGUCAUCUAUACUGAAUCAACUGAAGCUACAAUGACUUUCGACAUGAGGCAUGCAUUAGCGGAACUACGUACAUACGAUCAUUUUUUGAAGUAUUAUCUACCAACGCAUACAAACAUUAGCGGAUAUUUCUUUGGCAUAAUCGCAGCAUUGUUUUAUACGAUAGUUGUAUCUACUCGUGCACCGGGUCAGGUUUUACCGAUGCUUCAAAAAUGGUUUAACGUAUCGUUAGUGGCACUGUUUGGUUUAAAUGUUUUCACCACAUUGCUGCCGUUCGUGAACAUAGAUAAACAACAUUCGCUUUUCCAUGCGACUUAUGGCAGUCUCCUGAAAUGUUCGUGGGGCUGUAGUUACAGUUUACUAUUUUUGGUUCUUGCACUGAAGGGCAAAUCACGUGUUCUGGACGCGUUAUCGCAUAGUCUGUUGCAGUCUUUUGCCAAAAUAAGCUACUGUGUAUACAUAGUACAGUACACCAUAAUAUAUGGAUUAUACACAAACUUUCCCAUUCCUUUAACGUACGGUGGAUUCAAUCUGCUUAUAUUGACAUCAGCAGCGAUUCUUCUAACCCUCAUCUGCGCCUUGUUACUCUAUCUAGCUGUAGAAGCUCCUCUUGUGCAAGUAGGUAAUCAAUGUGUGACAUCGUUGUUAGGAGAAUAUAGCACUGCAGCGAAAGAUAUCGAAAAUAAACAUUCCAAACAACAAUGA